AUUUAUUUAUUGUAGAUGAAUAAAAACCAUUUUUUCGUUAAUUUUUACUUUAAAUACAAAUCGGUGACAGAGAUAUUUUUUUUGUUGUUGCGUUUGUAAUGCCAAAUGCAACUACCACUUUUAAAUGAGGCGAUUGGGCUGCAGGACGCGUGGAUGUAGCUGUAGCCAGUUGUCUGUGAUUUUUAGAGAGAUAAGAUAAAAAUUUUAAAACACAGGUUCAAAAUUUAUGACUAUUUUAUUCAUUUAUUUAAUUAGCUAUUUAAUUGUGGUUUUUAAAUUUCGCCUCGCGCCACUCACUGACAUGGCCAUGUGCUUCUCGUUUCUUCAUUGACGGUUUCAUUUCACUGUUGGUAUCGUUUUCCAUUUUGGGCCUGUUCCGGGAGGUGAUGGCCCACGUAGCUGGGCCCAUAUUGGGGAUUGUGUGGGAAAAGUUACAGCAUACAUAUCCUAGCACCAUCAUAUUAAAGACUUUGUUGUCAUCUUUUCAAGCCAUCUUAAGGCGUUACGCUAACUAAUUAUUCCAUCUUUUGAACUUUGAAUGCUGAUGUUUAUUUUCUUGUUUGGGGUUGUUGUUGAUAGCAGUGUUUCUCUUUUGGGCUAGAACUUGCUCUCGCAAAUGGCAGCUUCUGGGUUUCAUCCUAGAAAGAUAAUGAACAGGUUGCCGUCGAAGAAGUCCCAUCCUUGGUGGUGGGAUAGUCACAUCAGUCCCAAGAAUUCUAAGUGGCUUUCAGAGAACCUAGAGGAGAUGGACCAGAGUGUGAAGCGCAUGUUGAAGCUGAUAGAAGAGGAUGCAGAUUCAUUCGCCAAAAGGGCUGAAAUGUAUUAUCAGAAGAGGCCAGAAUUGGUUGCUCUGGUUGAGGAAUUUUACCGUCGUUACCGGGCUCUGGCUGAACGUUAUGAUCAUGUGACAGGAGAAUUGCGAAAGAAUUUACCCUCUGAUCUCCAAUCCCAAGGUUCUGGUAUUUCUGAUGCUGGCUCUGAACCGACCUCUGCUUGGCCUUCUCCUACUCCAAAGAGAGGGGGUCGUCUUAAAUCAAGUAACCGACCUGCUGGAUUUGAUUACUUUCUUGGCUCCAGUGGAAAUGGUUCUGAGGCACAAAAAGAUGGGGAUGAAUCCUCUACUUUGACAGAUUCUGAGAACGAAUCUGAUGAUUCGUCAGUUAAUUCUGGUUUCUUACAGAAUGGAAGUGAUCUGUGGAUAAACAGAAGAAUAAUAGAGUUGGAAACCGAGCUACGUGAGUUAAAAGGAAAGCUAUGGAUGCAGGAAGAGGAACAUGGAGAGGUUUCAUCUAGGGGAUCGAGAAAUGAGAAUUCUGAAGAUUUUUAUACCAAAAUCAACGCCUAUGAACAAGAACUGAUGAAUGUUAACGACAAGUUAAGACUUUCAGAAGAAGAAAUUACUAAACUGAAAAUUGAGCUAGAAAAAUACGAACCCUUUAAUGCUGAAAAUACGGAGGCUGGUUUUGAGUUUUCAUCAACUAAAGAAGACGUCAAUGAUGGAGGGGAAGCCCUGGAGCACAAGAUGAUUGAGGUUGAAGGAAGUAUUGAUGUUGUGGAUAAGGCAUUGCCUGACCAAAAUGCUGAGAUUGAGUCGCUAGCAAGGGAGCUAAGAAUUACCAAAGAAAAUCUCAAAGCUUCAGAAACACAAAUUACUUCACUGAAGUUUGAGGCCAAUAAAUCGUCUGAAAGAAUUCAGCAGUUGUUGAAUCAGCUUGAUUUGGCUACUAAAGACAUGGCUACUUGGAAAAACAAAUUCAAUAGUGAGAAAAGAGAGAGCACCAAACUCAAUGAAAGGCUUGCAAGGUUAAGGACUAGUCUAUCUGACCGAGACCAAGAGGUCAGGGAUUUGAAAACAGCAGUAUCUGAUGCUGAGCAGAAAAUAUUCCCGGAGAAAGCUCAAUUGAAGUCUGAAAUGUCAAAGUUGCUGGAGGAACGGACUCAUUUAGAAGAACAUAUCAGAGACUGGGAAUGUCGAGGUCGUUCAUUUGAAGAGGAAAUCAGAAAGAUCCAGUUUGAAAAAGUAGAGAUGGAGGAGACACUCAGGGUUGAGAUUCUGCUGUUAAAGGCGAACAUUGAGCAGAGAGAGAACAACAUAAAAGAUCUCAACACUAGCCUUGAUACUCUACAAUUAGAGAAAGAUAACCUCUUUGUUGAAGUCGGUUUGCUUAAGGAAGAGUUGAACUCCAAAGAUGUUAGGAUUGAACACCUGAACAACCAUUUGAACCAGCUAUACAUGGAACAUGUACAACUGAUUGCGGGAAUGGAGGAGGCACAUAAACAAGUGGAAGAGCUAAAAUCAACAGCUAAGCAAUUUGAGGAGGAGAUUGAUAGGCAAAAAACUGUGAUCUUAGACGGAGCGGAAGAGAAACGGGAGGUCAUAAGGCAGCUAUGUUUCUCACUCGAGCACUACAGAAAUAGCUAUAAUAUGCUUAGAGAGCACGUUAUGGGGCACAAACGGGUUCCAGUUUUGGCUGCCUGAUGAAUAAAUGUGAAGGUGAUCUUGUAUAUUAUUUUGGUUAUCUUCAUUUCUCUGUCUUGGAAUUUAUUUUCUUAUGCUUAUGGCUCUAGUGUAUAUGAGUCAGGAUCAUUGUAAUAUUAUGGAGAAGUGAUGACAUGUUAGCUACACUACACAUUUGCUGAUGGCACUGCUAAGUUUCAUUGAUUUUUGUAAGAAGUAUUGCCACAGAACCUUCCUUAAGGGUUCUUGAGAGGUUGAAAAUUUGCUUAGUUUGGUCUGAGGUGAAUGGUUGUGCAACGUUCUUUAUUUUUA